CAGUGCUCUUAACUCCUGAGCCAUCUCUCCAGUCCCUAUUUGAUUGUUUCCCCCCACUUUUUCUUUAAAAAGAGAUUUUAUUUAUUUAAUGUAUGUGAGUACACAGUAGCUGUCUUCAGACACCCCAGAAGAGGGCAUCUGAUCCCAUUACAGAUGGUUGUGAGCCACCAUGUGGUUGCUGAGAAUUGAACUCAGAUCCUCUGGAAGAGCAGUCAGUGCUCUUAACCACUGAGACACCUCUCCAGCCCCUAGAGCAACAACUUUACAGAGAUUUUUCUUGAAGGAGUUUUCCCCUUGGAAUAAGGAUGAGGAGGAUCAUGGCGCUUGGGCAGGUGAUGGAAACGGAGAAGAACACUUGGAAGUGUCUGGUGGCAAUUUGGCUUUUUCCGAGUUUUAAGACUUGACCACAUUGUGAUGACUGUAAAGAACAUUGAAGACACCACCAUGUUUUAUUCCAAGAUCCUGGGCAUGGAGGUCACUACUUUCAAGGGAAACCGGAAAGCAUUGUGUUUCGGAGACCAAAAAUUUAACUUACACGAGGUGGGAAAGGAAUUUGACCCCAAAGCAGCUCACCCUGUUCCAGGCUCCCUGGAUGUUUGUUUGAUCACAGAAGCACCCCUGGAGGAGGUGAUCGAGCGCCUAAAGGCUUUUGAUGUCCCCAUUGAAGAGGGCCCAGUAUUCAGAACAGGAGCAAAGGGGCCUAUUCUAUCCAUCUACUUCCGAGAUCCGGACAGAAAUCUCCUUGAGGUGUCCAGCUAUGUCACUUCAUGAUUGACACUGGCUUUUUCUUCUAUUGUGAUCCACAAAAUGUCAUUUUACCUAAUUUCCUACAAAUCCCAGAGACCUCGAAGAACUGAGAACUUCGGCAACAGGUUUAUGGUGCAAACGUUUGUGUCUAGAAAGCCUCCAUUCAAGCUACUCCAAUAAACGACAAAUCUCUCCAUA